UCGGGGGGCUUUAAUUAAUGUAACUCACAACACCCUGCUGGUUUGUGGAAGGCCACGUUAGAACCUAGAACAAAACAGACGACCACGAUGAACCGGUUCAGUUCGGCCGUCCCAGAUAACGAGUACCUCGCGGACAGCAACGUGUUGUUCUACCUGAGUGAUGCAGUGAGCCAGCUGCUAGAACAUAAGGAAGAAUAUACCCAUUUUGGGGUGAUCCGCUACUUUGCUGAAUAUUUCAGCAGUGUAAAGAACAGUAAUCACGUGCUCUUCAGAGAGUAUAGCUACAUCAUGGCCACUCCACAUAACAGAGCCUCCUUCAUCAGAGUCUUCUGGAGAUGCUACAGACAGAUCGGCAAGAGUGGUGAGUUGCUCUCCAUGCUGGAGUACAGGUCUCUGCUGCAGUUAUUGUGUCCAGACUUCCCUUUGGAGCCGGUGCAGAAUGCAGCCAGAAUUGUGCUGAUGGACGACGCCAUAGACUGCCUGAUGUCUUUCUCUGACUUCCUCUUUGCCUUCCAGCUACAGUUCUACUACAAAGAGUUCCUGGACGGCGUGCUGGUGAUUUAUCAGGAUCUGUUAGCAGGGAAGAGUCCCAACACCGUCAUUGUUCCCACGUCCACCUCCAUCGAGCAGCUCCCCCCUGUGGCUGCAGAGGAGAGCGACAGGGAGCAGCAGCAGGACGGAGUGGAGCCCUCCACUCUAGCACAGUGUGUAGAUGCCUUCUGUGACCGCUUAAAACACAGUCAUCCUCCAAGGUCCUGUAUGAGGGAAGUGCUGGAACAGACCAACAGGAUCUCUUACUACAGCUUCCUAAUGAGCCUGGCUAAACAUGAAGCCAUCAACCAAGCUAUUGGAGCAUUACCCAACAAGGCAGAGUUUCUUAUUGACCCAGAGAUGGACCAGGAACUGGACAAACUAAUCGCCCAGAUCUCUGUGAGUCCUGGUAGCAACAGCAGCGGCAGUGCGGUGGGGGGGCUGAAGGAGAUGCUGCAGAGGAAGGCCUCUCCCAGAAGGAACAUCCACCACAGAAGGAGGAUAGAGGUGGAAAGUGAUGGCUCCACAGAGGAGACGGACUCCUCUGAAAACUGACCUCUGACCUUUCACCUUCCAGCUUCAUUCCCAAAUACACAGCGGCUGAAUGGAACAUUCAAAACAGUCUUGCCCAUUAUUUGCUAUAUAGACCCAUAUACUGACAGUGGAUAAGAGGACAGCUGUGCAAGAGAACACUCAACCUUGUGACAGAUCACUCCAGUCUUCUAUUUUUCCAGCAUUGCUGUCAAGAAGAGAGUUAUCCAGAGGAAGAACGGUCUGCAUCAGAUCCACUGUUGAUGCUUCUCAUUGUUCUCUAUUGCCCCUUUCACACCAAGGCUUUUCCCGUUCUAGCUCCGUGCUAGAGCUUUUCUGGUUCAGAACCGGUUCUUCGGUUCAGCUCCCGCUCUGUUCACACCGUUCAGAGCCCGACUGGUGCUGCGUCAUUGCGUCAUCGUUUGCGCCAUGACGUAACCGUUUGCGUGCCUGCUUCAUAAAGCCAAACCGCGCGGAAACCCCUCACAUCGACAACAACAAUGGCCGAUUGUAUUGAAGCGCUACUCGUUUUGGUUUUGCUCUGUGGAAAUGAAAUGGAAGAAAUGGGACGACUUUACAGUCGUUACAUGCUACAUUCAAAAGUUCUUUACAAUCAUCAUCAUCAUCAUCAACUUCAACGACGAUUCUGUCGGAGAAAGAAGGUAAAUAUACGUCCUAUUCGAUGGCGUUAGAGCUAGCUAGCGUGCUCCCCUCCAGCUUCUUCUGUACCUCUUCGGAAGACCAGAUUCCCAGGAGGUAGCUGGUCUCUUCAGUGGACCACUGCUGCUUAAGUUUUAGGUUUUCCAUCGUUGUGUACAAACUGGAUAAAACGCUGGCUUUUUGUUGUUGUUAGAGGUUGAUCCCGCCCCUGCCCCUGCCCCCGCCUCCGACGUAAGCGUGACGUAUUUCUAGACAGACAACUUUUUGGUGCUUGAAACAAACCGGAUUCCGGAGCUUAGAGGCGGCUCCGCUGCGGUGUGAACAGGAAAAACUGGUGCUUUUCAAGCUCCAGCUCCGAACCUGCCCUGGAACUGAGUUGGUGUGAAAGGGGCAUAUGUGCUGUGUGGUCAUGUGACAUGCUAAUGCUCUGAGGCUGCAGUGUGUUUAUUUACAGUUUUCCCUGAAACCCAGUUUCUGUCAUGCACUGAUAUCAUACCAUUCUGAAACACUAAUCAGUAAAGUAGUUUUAGGUAUUGUAGGUUAGUUGCUACUUAACCUACUGGUCUGUAGGCGGACGGUUUUCCUGCUGCUUUAUAUCCUUCCCUUUUUAAAGGAUGGACACAACACUUGACAUAAACACUAAAGCUUUCAUGGAAAAAGUAAAACGUAUUCUAACAACCAUUGAGUGUAGUGAUGCAUGUUCUAUACGUCCAUCUGCUGUGCUCAGCAUGUUGAGGAACAGACACUGAAGAAAUGACUGACACAUUGAACAGCUCCAGCAUACAUUUACACUGCUAUUUUAUUCAUUGCGUUCUUAGUUGGAUAUAGUUACAUAAACCUUACUAUGUGAAUGUAAAAUGAAUAUCCUGACUUACACUGUGAAUAAAAACAUAUAACUGUGAG